AUGCAAGAUUCUGGCGUACCAGGAAAUCCACGCGAAGACGUUCUCAAGGAAGAAGAAAAGGCUGAAGAAGUAUCAAAAUACGAAGUGGAAGAUUAUAGUGGAGAUGAGGCGGAUUCACUCGAAUCAGCCAGGUGCAAUGAAAGCAGCUAUGCGGCAGUAGCAAUUGCGGUAAAUAGUAUGCAAUUGAAGACGACUAACAAAUACAGCAACACCACUAGUAUUAAGCUACUAGCCAGUCGCAUACUGAAGUGGAAGCGAUUAUAA